AUGGACGACGAUGAUUUCGGGGCCGACCCCGAGUUCCUCUCUGCGCUCGCAUCUUCUGCCUCUGCCUCUGCGAACACCUCAAGCCAAGCGCGGCCGCAACCGUCGAGCCGCCCGCAGCAGCCCACUCCCCAAAGGCUGCAACAGCCGACUCCUCAGAAGAUCCAGCAGCCGACUCCUCAACGGCUCGACAAGCGACCUCCCUCCAAUGCUUCCAAUGCCUCCGCCGGCCCCAAGAUCGUACAGCCGACUCCCCAGGCUCUGCCGCAGCGUUCCUCUGGGUCUGCAAUACAAGUGUCGCCUCGUCAGAAGGGCAACCCCGUGCUCGCCUCAUUGAAGUCCGUCCCGUGGGAGUACAGCGAUAUUCCUGCCGACUACGGGCUGGGCUUGACCACAUGUGCGCUCUUCCUAAGCCUCAAAUACCACCGACUGCAUCCUGAAUACGUCUACACCCGCAUUCGUAAUCUCCAAGGGAAAUACAAUCUACGAAUUCUCUUGACUAUGGUAGACAUCCCGAACCACGAGGACUCCCUGCGCGAACUGUCCAAGACUUCCUUGAUCAACAAUGUCACUAUCAUCCUUUGCUGGUCUGCUGCCGAAGCCGCAAGGUAUCUCGAGCUUUACAAGUCCUUCGAGCACGCGAACUACAGUGCCAUCAAGGGCCAACAAGCCACGAGCUACGCGGAGAAGCUGGUCGAGUUUGUCACGGUCCCUAGAGGUAUCAACAAGGCAGAUUCUAUCUCGUUGGUCAGCGCAUUCGGAAGCAUAAAGAACGCAGUCAACGCUGAUCCCGAACAAGUUGCCGUCAUCGGCGGCUGGGGAGAGAAGAAGGUCAAGAGGUGGUGUGGUGUCGUCGAGGAACCCUUCAGAGUGCAGCAGGCGGCGAAGAGGCGGCUCAUCUCCAGCGAGAGCAGCACUGCCGUCGACCAAGCCAUGCCACUUAGUCGAGUGCCUCUGAGAGACAUGCCAAGUCUCGCCGCAAGCGCAUCUCGAGGCAGUGCCACACCGCAGCCACCAUCGCAACAACAGUCACGGCCCCGGCCGACAGAGACACCACACAGCAGACCAGCUCAAUUCCACAUCGCAGACCCCGACAUGGAUGACGAGGAGGAAGAAAUGUUAGCGGCGGCAAUCGCGGAGUCGAAAAGGACUGCGGCACAGGAAAGAGCAAGCAGACCUGAUGCGACUACGAGUGCAAACGCCCGAACAGAAGACCAGCUCAGUGAAGGUAUUGCGGCUGCGCUGGCCAAGCUGAGGGAUAAAUGA